AUGCUUGUGAAGAAGCAAGAGCCACCCGACGAGGUCGAGUGCGCUGUCACUCAUGUCUUCUCUGGUCACUCGCCAGUGGAGGAUGCUCACGUUGUCCCAGCCGAAGUAUCACAGGACGAACUCGCUGCCCUCGAGUGGUCAUGGGACUUAAUACGCGGCACUUUCGAUGUCAAUGCCCGCGAAAAUGUCAUACCGGUCACAGCAGAACUACGUAGCUGGUUUGAUUUGCAUGAAGAUUCGAAACCCGCCGGGUGGUUACUGCUCCCUGCCGAAUACGCACGCGAAGCGAUCAAGGCUAUGUACGAGCAAUAUGUCGGUGAGGACUUCACCGAAAACGAGUACCGCGCAAAAGCUGUACCUGGCACCAGGGACUGGCGGCAGGAUCCUUCGACUUUUUACCCAGACCGAACCGAGUUCCAGUACAGGCUCGUUCCUCUGCCCAGCAUGUCACAUUGCCUCUCCGUGCGUUAUUAUACUGGUGGACCCGGUCCAUUCAAGCUCGACCAGCUGCAGCUGUUCGUCUACCCAUUCGGCGCCUUUCCGACCUUGACUCUCCGUAUCCCUCUUCACCACGCGAUCGUUAACAGCGGGCAGAAGCUAUUCGCGCUCUGCGGCGACGCGCCGUUGUGUCUUCGCACCUUCUCUUUCCUUCGCGCGCACGAGCUAGUGAUGCUCUGUGUCAUACGAGACAUCUAUCUUGCCUGGGUCCGUUCGUAUCCGUCAGCAGGAUUCCGACACGGCGAGAACACAAGUUUGCACCAUCCACACACUCCCAUGGAAGACCUUGGGCACCAGAGCUUCAUCCAUGGGACUCCCUCAGCAACGGCAGCAACAGCACCUUAA